AUGAAGCAACAAGAGGAGGCGAGACGCCGUCAUUGCGCCCAACAAAAGGGAUCUACCGGGGGUUUGCGGGUUAUUCAGAUGGAAGAACAAUUACCAGAUGGCACUCAGCAGCUGCAUACUAUCACCAACCGUGCUCUGGUUGAAGAAGGUUGUAUGCAAGAAAAUGCGGCACGGUACGACCAGACGCGUGCUCCAUAUACAACUCCGCCUAUGGUGGAACCCUUGUACACAGCAUUCACUGGCGCUGAGGCUGAAUCUAAUUCCGUUGCACUAUUGGAUGGCCGCUACUCCCUGCCCAACCUUCUUGACCCUGCCACUACGGCCUUUCUUUCCCAUUGCCAAUUUCACAAGGAUCACUUACCUGUGCACCUUGAGGUUACUACCUCUGAUCACUUGUAUUUCUGGUCUUGA